AUGGCUUUCGAUUACUCAUUCACAGCAGAUGAAAUGGCAAUCGAUGAUGGUCUUGGGUACCCAAAAGCCUACGCGAAGCUCUGCCGUGAUCGCAGUGCUGGACCUUACAGCCAUGGCCCUCCUUUCACUUUCAUGCCUUACUGUCUGCAGCAACAGGAGGAUUUGAGAGCGAGAGAUUUUGAGCAGAUGUUUCCCAUUAUUGACCCGAAAGCAAAACCUACUACCAGGCCCAAGAUUUUUGUUAGUCUGUUGUGGAAGCAGCUCAACCACCUUGGGAAUGCUGGCUUUGAUCCUGCAGUAAUUCGAGUCGAUCCGUAUGGCAAUGUUCUGUAUUACCAUGCUGAUUCUGCUUCUCCCCUUGCUUGGGACAUAGAUCAUUGGUUUCCUUGCUCAAGGGGAGGAUUGACUGUCCCAAGCAAUUUGAGGAUACUACAAUGGCAAGCCUGCAAGAAGAAGCAUAAUAUGCUAGAAUUUCUCAUUCCAUGGUGGGAUUUUCAGUUGGGCAUAUCAGUGAACCAGUUCUUAUCCAUAUUUGCUUCUUCCAACUCAGAUUUCAGGCACAGAGCAUUCUCAUUUCUCUUCUCUGAAGGGGAAAAUGAGGAACUCAAUUCUUCACAGAAUGUAGAUUCUCAUUCUUUUCCGCAACAUUACGUGGAAUCUAAAGAGCAUAUGGGCCUGGCUCCGGCUGCCAUUGUGGUAUCUCGAAGGGAGUCAUAUGGCUCUUCAUCUGUUUUGAAAUCCCUGGACUACAAUAAGCAGAUACAGCCAUACUCUCCCGCAAUUGCUGCAAGAAAAGGGAAGCAUAUUGUUUCGAACGAAAAUGAGAACCCGAACUUCAUUACAAACCCACACCAAGCCAUUGUCAUGGCAAGAGAUUCCUUAAAACAAAGAGAACAAACUGCAAAGAUGCAGGGAGAGAUACAAAAUCUGGAUGAUGAAGUGAAUGAAUUGAGGCAAAAAAACGAAGAGGAAAAGCUCACCAUUCAAAACUUGGAACUGACAUUGAUAAAGCGUAGGAGAAGAGCAGAGAAGUGCCGGCGGCUAGCAGAGGCACAAUCAUCAUAUAGGACUACGCUCGAAAAGAUGAUUCGAGAUGCUAUGCACCAGUCUGUCAUUUAUAAAGAGCAGUUGAGACUGAACCAGGCUGCAAGUAGCGCACUCAUGGCAAGACUUGAGGCACAAAAGGCAAUAUGUGAUGCCUCGGAGAAAGAACUUCAUAAGAAAUACAAACAAAGAGAUGAGCUUGAGACACAGAUAAGGCCUGAGUGGGAACAAGCAAGGAAGAGAUCAAGAAUGGAUGAUGCCUUAGCUGAGGAGAGAGAAAGUAAGACAGUUCUUUAUCUACCAGCAAGCAAGCCAAGAACAGUUUUACACAAGGAACUAAGAGUGUUUCUAGAGGAAGAACAGAAGGCAUCUAUUGCUGCUUUAUCGCAGAGUGAAGAAGAUAGGCAAAUAGAGCUAAAUGAGGAACUGGAAAGACCCACAAAACGAUUGUCUAUUGACAACCUUGAGGAGAAGGCCAGGUACAUUGAUGCAUUAGAGGAUGAGAACUUAAUAGAGAAUAAAAUGAGGACACUGGAAAUAGAAGAGAGGAAUCACAAAUUUCAAUUUCCUGUCCUUCGAGAACCAGAUAUUGAGGAGGAUGAAGAAAGCAGGAAACAGCGUGGGAAGGGGAAUGUAGAGAAGUGGCUUCAAAUUCUGUUAGACAGUUCUCCAGAAGAGUUGGGUCCUCAGAAUGAAAAUGAAAGUGAAAUAGACAAGACUGGUGAUAUAAUCAGAAAAAUGAAUUUGAAGUAUCCACAGGAGGUCAAGAAUCUGAAGCGUCCCGAAGCAGUUGUCAAAAAAGGUGUGCCGGUUAAUGACGAAAAGCGGCAGUCAAUUGUCCAAGAGAAGGAUGGCAAUGCACAUGAACUGGGUACUCCUGUUAGGGGAGUUGUUAGCAGGAAGAGUUUCGAAGGGAAGGAAAGAAGGGAUCAGAGUAAUGGAAAGGAAAGAAAACUUGCAAGGUCUGAGAGUGCCAGAGCCUUUCGACGAAUUCCAUCGUCUCCGUCUAUAAUAUUGGGCAUGAAAAAGGGUGUCGACUGCAUACGAAAGAAGCCCAUGGUAACUAGUGAUGAUGAGGAGAGCUAUGCUACAGAAAACAACUUUUUAAAGUCAUCCAUGAAGACAAUCAAGAAAGCAGUGAAAUUGUGA